GGCUUUUACCUGCCACCUUUUCCCUACUCUGGGAUCUGUUUCCAGAGCCCUCUCCCCCCCAGGGAGGCAGGCUGCUACUUGGACUCUUUCCCUUGCCACCAGCUGAGGUGACCCUGGAAGGCGUGCUGGUCACCAUGACAACAGAGACAGGCCCUGAUUCUGAGGUGAAGAAGGCUCAGGAGGAGGCUCCCCAACAGCCUGAGGCUGCCGCAGCUGUGACUACCCCCGUGACCCCUGCAGGCCACGGCCACCCAGAGGCCAACUCCAAUGAGAAGCAUCCGCCCCAGCAGGACACUCGGCCUGCUGAACAGAGCCUAGACAUGGAGGAGAAAGACUACUGCGAGGCCGAUGGCCUGUCAGAGAGGACCACACCCAGCAAGGCUCAGAAAUCACCGCAGAAGAUUGCCAAGAAGUACAAGAGUGCCAUCUGCCGAGUCACUCUGCUCGAUGCCUCUGAGUACGAGUGUGAGGUGGAGAAGCAUGGCCGGGGCCAGGUACUGUUUGAUCUGGUCUGUGAGCACCUCAACCUCCUGGAGAAGGACUACUUUGGCCUGACCUUCUGUGAUGCUGACAGCCAGAAGAAUUGGCUGGACCCCUCCAAGGAAAUCAAGAAGCAGAUCCGGAGCAGUCCCUGGAAUUUUGCCUUCACUGUCAAGUUCUACCCCCCUGACCCGGCCCAGCUGACAGAAGAUAUCACAAGGUACUACCUGUGUUUGCAGCUGCGAGCAGAUAUCAUCACGGGCCGGCUGCCCUGCUCCUUCGUCACGCAUGCCCUGCUGGGCUCCUAUGCCGUGCAGGCUGAGCUUGGUGACUAUGAUGCCGAGGAGCAUGUAGGCAACUAUGUCAGUGAGCUCCGCUUUGCCCCAAACCAGACCCGGGAGCUGGAAGAGAGAAUCAUGGAGCUGCACAAGACAUACAGGGGCAUGACCCCAGGUGAAGCAGAGAUCCACUUCCUUGAGAAUGCCAAGAAGCUCUCCAUGUAUGGAGUCGAUCUGCACCAUGCCAAGGACUCUGAGGGCAUUGACAUCAUGCUAGGUGUCUGUGCCAAUGGCCUGCUCAUCUACCGGGACCGUCUGAGAAUCAAUCGUUUUGCUUGGCCCAAGAUUCUCAAGAUCUCGUACAAGAGGAGUAACUUCUAUAUCAAGAUCCGGCCUGGGGAGUAUGAGCAGUUUGAGAGCACAAUUGGCUUUAAACUUCCAAACCAUCGGUCAGCCAAGAGGUUGUGGAAGGUCUGCAUCGAACACCACACAUUCUUCCGGCUAGUAUCCCCUGAGCCCCCACCCAAGGGUUUCCUGGUCAUGGGCUCCAAGUUCCGGUAUAGUGGAAGAACCCAAGCACAGACACGCCAGGCCAGCGCUCUCAUCGACCGACCCGCACCCUUCUUUGAGCGUUCCUCCAGCAAACGGUACACCAUGUCCCGUAGUCUUGAUGGAGCAGAGUUCUCCCGCCCAGCCUCAGUCAGUGAGAACCACGACACAGGGCCUGAUGGUGACAAGCCAGAGGAGGAUGCUGAGUCUGGAGGGCGACGUUCAGAGGCUGAGGAGGGAGAGGUCAGGACCCCCACCAAGAUCAAGGAACUGAAGCCGGAGCAGGAAACCACGCCAAGACACAAGCAGGAGUUCUUGGACAAGCCAGAGGAUGUCCUGCUGAAGCAUCAGGCCAGCAUCAAUGAGCUCAAGAGGACCCUGAAGGAGCCCAACAGCAAGCUGAUCCACCGGGAUCGGGACUGGGAGCGGGAACGCAGGCUCCCCUCCUCGCCUGCCUCACCCUCUCCCAAGGGCACCCCUGAGAAAGCCAGCGAGAGGACCCAGGACACCUUUCAGCAGGACUUGGUACCUGGAGCAGCCGCAGGCUUGGAAGUGCUCACUCAGAAAAGCCUCGCAGCAUCACCUGAGGGUUCGGAGCAUUGGGUUUUUAUAGAAAGAGAGUACACUAGGCCAGAAGAACUCAGUUUCCUAACAAUGGCCACCACACAGCAGGAAGAAAGUGAGGCAGUCCUUGCUGAUAUCCUUGCUGACGGCAGACUCUCCAAGGUAGACAUUUUGGUGGACAAGUUUAAAGUUGAAGUGGCCACAGAAGAAAUGGUGGGAACCAGAAGAUCAAACACUCAGCAGAAAGGGAAAAUGAUCGCAAGUCCAGAAGACUUUGAGUCAGUGUGGAGGGAAGAAGGCCCCUGGGUCGGGGGAGACUCAGGCGAGGCUGCCCAGGCUUUGGGCUGCAUGUUGGCAGAUAAGCCCCUCAAGGGUUCUGAGCUAAGGAUGGGCACCAGUGAGGCACUCAUCAGGAACUGCCACCUCUCAGAUGGUCCACUGGAAGACCAGGUAGAGCUGAGGAAGGGGCUGCAGCAGCUGCAGGCUUGUGGAAAACCCAUACCUCCACAGGCCAGGCCAGCAGAGAUGGACAUCUCCUCUCCAGGCUCUGACAAAGCAGAGCUCCAGUCAUUUCUAUUGGAUCCAGUCCAUGCCGAAGCCAGAGCUGACUCAAGCUAUGAGACUGAUACCUCGUUUGCAGAGAGGAGCUUCUAUCUAAACUACAGAGGGAAAGAUUCUGAAGACCAAGCCCUCCAUGCAUCCAUGGACGAGGGAGAGAAGCACCUGGAUGCCCCUCCCGGAAGUGAAACUAGGCGGGAAUUAUCAAUGGAGCUCCUAGACAAUUUGGAGCUGAAUUCCUCAGAACUGAUGGGCUCUGCUGCAGUCUUUGGCAGGAACAAGGAAGAAGCCCGCGCAUUUUCCUCAGAGGAAGGGCCCAGGGCUCUCGGCAGCCAUGGAAGACCAGAUGACCUACCAGAACUUUCCCCAGAGCCAGUAUUUGCUGAGGACCAGGAAGAAGCACAGUCGGGAGUGCAAGGAAAGUUUACCCACCCAAAAGCCAGUGUAUUCAAAGAGGAGGAGGCCUGUAAUAGUAGAGAUUUAAUGGAGAAGGCUGAGAAAAGUCCCGCAACAAGAUUAAAGAACCGCUUCCCUAAUGGAGUAGGGGGUGUGCACUUGGACGCCCAGGCCCGUGCCCUUCUGUGGACCAUCCCUCCUCAUGUUAGAAAGCCAGCCAAACCGGACAGAGACAACUUCCUUCUCAAAGAGAGGAGAGCAGAUCAUACCCAAACCAGAGAACCCAAGACUGGAGACCACAAGGCCCCAGCAUUCCUUCACGUGGAGGUGGUCACCCCCUUGCCAACCUCCUCUGAUCUCUCGGAGGCUGUGGUUGCUCUGCAGGGCUCUUCUCCAAGCCUGGUCCCUCAGGGGUCAGGGGAACCCUCAGAGCUCAGGGAUCCCUUAGGAGAUCAGUUUCCUGUGUUUCUCAAAUAUGCCCAUCCUCCUAAAGAGAGCCUGGAGUCCAAGGCCCAAAUCAAAUUGACUAUGUGGCCUAACACAGAGGGUGAGCAAAGAGCACCUCCAGUUGUCAGCAGAAAGCCCAAAGUUAUCCCAGGAGAAGUUGAGGGGGUCAUACCCCUGGAGUUGGUGUUCCCUUCAGGGAAGCAAAAGGAGACGACCUCUUUCCAUGUUGAGGUCCAAGAAGACAUUAGCAAGACCUCAGUGGCCAAUAAAAUCCGGAUAUUUGAGACCCAUGGAAUUGAGGUUCGCCGAGCAAGUCAGGGUGAAACAAGGUCCUUUUCAAAUGAAUCUUCAGAGGCCUCCACAGGACAGAUAGAGCAACAGCGGAGCAAGCUUUUAGAUCUGGGCUUUAUGCAACUCCAGCCCCCAGGGGACUUGGCUGGUCCCAACGCUACAGCUUCCUCGAUGAUGCCUCUGGCUACCAGACACUUCGGGGAAGGCCUUUCUACCACAUCCCACCAGAAAAGAUGCCCAGAACUGGCGCUCAUGUCCCCUGAUUCAGGCUGCAAAACCACGCUGGAGGAAACUGCUGGGAACAAAUCCGGAGAUGCGGUCAGGGAAGAGCAGCACUUCACCAGCUUAGCAGCAAGCGCCCCUGGGAAGGGGGGCCGCCUGAGAUUCGCCAGCCCCUCAGGCCCUCAGAGAGCAGGGCUGAGGGAGGGCUCGGAGGAGAAAGUCAAACCACCACGUCCCCGGGCCCCAGAGAGUGACACGGGAGACGAGGACCAAGACCAGGAGAGGGACGCAGUGUUCCUGAAGGACAACCACCUGGCCAUUGAACGCAAGUGCUCCAGUAUCACAGUGAGCUCCACGUCCAGUCUGGAGGCUGAGGUUGACUUCACGGUUAUUGGCGACUACCACGGCAGCGCCUUUGAAGACUUCUCCCGAAGCCUGCCUGAGCUCGACCAGGACAAAAGCGACUCGGAAACCGAGGGCUUGGUGUUCUCUCGGGAUCUCAAGGGACCACCCAACCAAGACGAUGAGUCUGGGGGCAUCGAGGACAGCCCAGAACGAGGGGCUUGCUCCACCCCAGAUAUGCCCCAGUUUGAGCCUGUGAAAACGGAAACCAUGACCGUCAGUAGCCUGGCCAUCAGGAAGAAGAUUGAGCCAGAGGCCGUUCUGCAGAGCAGAGUCUCCACUGUGGACCACACUCAGCAGGUUGACGGGAGUGCCCCCCUGGGGAAGGAGUUCAUGACAACUACCCCCUCCAUCACCACAGAGACCAUCUCGACCACCAUGGAGAACAGUCUCAAGUCCGGGAAGGGGGCAGCUGCCAUGAGCCCAGGCCCACAGACGGUGGCCACGGAAAUCCGUUCUCUUUCUCCGAUCAUCGGGAAAGAUGUCCUCACCAGCACCUACGGCGCCACUGCGGAAACCCUCUCAACCUCUACCACCACCCAUGUUACCAAAACUGUGAAGGGAGGGUUUUCUGAGACGAGGAUCGAGAAGCGAAUCAUCAUUACUGGGGAUGAAGAUGUCGAUCAAGACCAGGCCCUGGCUUUGGCCAUCAAGGAAGCUAAACUGCAGCACCCUGACAUGCUGGUAACCAAAGCUGUGGUAUACAGAGAAACAGAUCCAUCCCCGGAGGAGAGAGACAAGAAGCCACAGGAAUCCUGACCUCCGUGAAGAGAUGCUGGCAUGUCUGGUCCAACCCAAGCCAGAGAACCAUUAAGAAGGGGCCUUCAUUCUGGAUUCUCCAAUGCCAACACUGAUGUCCCAGCUGCAUCGUACUGUCAUUCACAAGAGACUGGGAAGGGAAAAGCAUAUAUACAUAGAUAUAUAUAGAUAUAGAUAUAUAUACAGGAAACACCGCGUUCUGCACUGCUGCUGGGGCUGGCGGAGCAGUUGGCCAACAGCAACAACCCACCUCUGCAAUAGCCCACAUUUCCUUUGCAGAAAAAUCGAAGAAUUGGUGAGACUUUUCGGGGGAGAAAAAAAAUGAUAACGACCACGAUUCCUUGUUCCUCCCUUUGCCCUGCAAACCAUAAAAGCAAGCCAGACCACGAUGAUUGUAGAAGCACCACUCAGCCCUGGUUGCACCCGGGCCAGUUAGUGGCUGAGCUUUCCAUUGAUCUUCUGUUGCCCCUUGAAUGCAAAGGAAAAGGGUGGUGCAGCCAAGCAAGAGAAGUUGCAGCAGCAAGACAUGCACAGUCAACCAUUUUCUGAGAAAGAAAGAAAAAAAAUCUCCCACUUGGAGGAGGAGGAACACUGGAUUAUUAUUUUCUGGGUCUUGACACUGGGCUGCAAAAUCCACCUUCUUUUCUUCUACCCUCCCUCGCCCUCAACUCUCGCGUGUCUUGUCAUUUUCUGUCCCAGCUCCCUUCCCUGUGCACACACCUUCCCCUCUGUGUUCUGGUCCUGCUGAGGGCCACUGCAGAUGACUCUUUGAACUGAGAAAAAGAAAAGAAAGCAGGAAUAGAAAAUAAAGCCACAGGAAGGGAAGUAGACAUUGUAUGUUUCUGGUUUCUCAUGACGAAGGUGCAGCUCAUAGGGGAUUUGUAUGGAUGUGCUUUUAAGUUACGUAUAUUACAUAUAACAGGAAACAAAUAUUAAAAUAAACAGUGCUGGUAAGUAUGAAGCUGACAUUUAAAAAUUAUAAUUAUCAGACUGUGAUUGAUGUAUCCCAAGGUUCCUAGAUCUUGCUGAACUGGCCCAGCUGAGGAGACCUGAACUCUGGGUGUGGCUGGCUCCCAGUAGGGGCUGACAGGUUCAGUGUAGUAAUACUGUGUGUGGUGUUUGUAAUUGGGUGGUUGGCGGGGAGAGUGGGGCCCCUCCAGCGGAGGCAGGGGUUCGGCAAGAGGGAGAAACACAGAUACGGUCCUGAACAUGCUGACCCAAAAUGCCUUCUCCCCAGCAGUAGCAGCCGGGCCUGGUCUGUGCCCAAGACAUGGAGUCUGGAGUCAGGACUCUGCUGCUGAGACCCCACAGGAGAGGUCCCUUUGCUCAGUCCUCCUACCUCCCUAAGGGGCUUACCUUGGUUUUCAAUUUUCUCUUUCUUUGUUGUGUUUUCUUAUUUUAUCUUUUUGCCAUGUCUUGCCCUUCCCUGACCAUACAGAGCUCCAUCCCUAAAGGGAGGUGGUGCCCUGGCCAAGGUAGAAGAUAGUGGCUUUAACCUGGCUCUUUGAAAAUGCCCAGCUCAAUCCUCUCUUCCUCCUCUUCCAUAUUCUGAAUCAGUCCCUUCUUUCUCCGCCAAAAAGGCCAUGAACCCAGGGCAGCCCCUCACAGAUCAAAAUUGCAUUUCCAAACCCCGUACCUACCCCAGGACAAUAGAGGGGGAAGACAGUGUUGCCCAAAGACCCUGUCUUUGUAACAGACCCUGGCUUGGGAGACCUCCCCUUCAGUCAGCCUCUGAGCUUGCAGCCUGUGUUCUCGGAGUCCCCAAAAUUGCUCCAAGACCACAGGAGCCCUUGGAGAAAACUUGUCACAUGCUCGGUAUUGCCCUCUGGCACAUGUGGGCUCCCUCAGACUUGCCACAAGCCACUUCCUUGAGCUCAGGAGUGUCCCUUACUGAGGGAAAAUGUCCCAUAGUGCUUUAGUUUUUCAGCCUGCUUUCACUUCCCAGUUGAUAAAUUUAUUCAAGAAAUAUUUAUUGAGUAAGCACUCAUGCCAGGCACUGUUCUCAGGCUGAAGAAGAAAGUGUGAAGGGGGAGGAGGGACCCAGGAAGCCACGUGGCCAGCCUUAUAGUCCCAACCGUGGCUGGCACACCUGACAGCAUUUCCCUUUCCCUCCAACUUGUUGGCUAUUGCCCAGGGAAGUCCCCCAAAGGGCCCAGGCCAGAUGCACCCCUUGGCUUGUUUAUCAGUCACCCUGUGACAUUUAGCUACUGAGCUGGUGCUGGUCUAAAGCAGGGCAGGAAACUAAAAUAGCUUCUGUCUCUGCGGGCACAUGGGAAACAGUGAGGCUGUCAGAUGACAAAGUCAGCCACGUCCCCUCAGUGCAGGCCCGUGAGUGCAGCAGCAUACUUUCCCAGCACCAGGUUCUUUGUGCAGUCCUGGUGGAGAAGCCACAGAACCUCCUUCCUGCCCUUUUCAACCAGAGACCUCCCACUUUUUCUGGGCCAGGAGCUGGAGUGGCUCCACCUCCUCUGGACUACUGGGAAUUCAGCUCAGGUCUUCCUAUCUUUGCAGGCACCAGGUGUCCUGAGCGUAGUGGACACACCUCAGAGGGAGACUGUUUUGGGGUUUGCACCUGCUGACAGGGCAGGGUUGAAGUGACCAAGCUUAGCUUGUAGGCCACCAGAGUCUGGGGAGGCCCCGUCCCAUGGAUGCUCUGACCCUCCUGCCAUGGAGAGGCAGGCAGCACCACCAGGGAGGAGGGGACUUCGAGGCUGAAAUCUAGGGCACUGUUUCCUCCCCAUCCUCCUCUCCACAGAGAAUAGAACUGUUUGUCUCAUCUGUCUUCAACCUAUUUUCCUUUUUGCCACUUUCUCAUCCUCUGUGUGCCACCUCCCCAUCCAAGAGGCCAGGAGGUAGAGUGGGAAGAGUCUGAGAGAGCAGUCAGGAUUCUGAGUGACCAUCCUGGCUCGGCCCCUAGCUCACCAUGUGACACUGGGCCAGCCUCAUUCCUCUUUGGAGCCUCAGUUUCCCCACUUGCGAUAUGAGUGGUGUAAACUAAAAGCUCUCCAGGGGUUUUUUCCACUCUGUCAUCUUACAGACCUUUAUUUGUUCUCAUUUUGCUUUUUCUGGAUCUUUUCCAUCUGAGAGUACAGGAAGUGCCAAGACCUGUUUCUGUUUUUGAAUCCUGCAAGCACAUUCCAAGACUGGCCUGAAAUUGCAUGAGCGACAUCACUCUAAUUUUGUUCAAAAGCACCUUACCAACCAACUGCACUGCUGUCCUGGUCCUUUUUAUUCACACCCCUUUCUCCUCUCUUGUCCCCACGCUCCCCCCGACCUCAGUGCUCUGUGCUGUAUGCGUGUGCUCUCUGUUCUUGUAUACUCAAUAAAAGUGAAAUAAAUGUGUUUGAUGCUGAACUAGA